GUCCUCUGCACCAGGUCGCCGCCGUUCCGCGCUCCCCGUCUGCCCUCCUCGACGCCGCGGUCCACCCCGAGCUCCGGCGCCAUGUUCAAGAAGUUCUCUUCUGAGGACAUAUCCGGGCAGAAUCAGGUCAAGGCGUCUGUACAGCGGAGAAUUCGGCAAAGCAUCGCCGAUGAGUACCCUCUCCUGGAACCUCUGCUGGAGGACAUGCUCCCGAAGAAGUCGCCAAUGAUCGUGGUUAAAUGCCAAAAUCAUCUGAAUCUUGUGGUGGUGAAUAACGUCCCUCUGUUCUUCAACAUCCGUGAUGGACCGUACAUGCCGACCCUGCGCCUUCUUCAUCAGUAUCCUGAGAUCAUGAAGAAAUUCCAAGUCGACCGAGGUGCUAUCAAGUUUGUUCUCUCUGGUGCCAACAUAAUGUGCCCUGGACUGACAUCACCUGGUGGCGCCUUGGAUAGUGGAGUCGAGGAGGAAACACCAGUGGCUAUCAUGGCUGAAGGCAAACAACACGCAUUGGCAAUUGGAUUUACAAAGAUGUCAGCGAAAAACAUAAGCACCAUUAACAAAGGAAUUGGAGUGGACAACAUGCACUAUCUAAAUGAUGGCCUGUGGAAGAUGGAGCGGCUCGAAUAGGUAGAAUUGCAGAGGAAUCAGGAUUUGCGACAUGGUCAUAUGGAACUGUAGCCAGACGCGUCAUGUGUUGUGUAAACAGAGAUAAUAACCAGCAAUCGUGUUCGCCUGAGUGAACCCUCUGAGUUUAGGCAAACGCUUUAGUUGGUACUAUGCUGCUGCUAGGAUCCUUGUAUGUUACCAUAUUACUGAUCAUUUUCACUUUUAUAUACCAAUAACAGUUCAGAAGAAAACAAUAUUUGCUCGUUUUGCCAA